AAUUUGUUAAAUAUUAUUGGUACUGUUACUGAAUAAACCGAAACUUCUGGGGGCUCUCCUUCUCCUAAAACCUCUCAGUCGCCGCCGAUCGGCCAGAAACCCAACAGUGACGGAACAAGAGAGAGAGAGAGAGAGAGAGAAUGGCGGCGACACUUAUGAACAGAGCAGUCUCUAGAACCGAAACCAUCGGUGCUUUCAGACUCUCGCUCAAUCUCCUGAGAAAUUUCUCUGCGCAGGCAUCUCCGCCGAUCGAAAACCCUAGCUCCGAUCCGGUUAAACCUAAACGAAAGAAGAAGAAGAACCUAAUCGAGGUCGCUCAGUUCUUACCCAAUUGGGGAAUCGGAUACCACAUGGCCAAAGCUCACUGGAACGGAAUCUCUUAUGAAAUCACAAAGAUCAAUCUCUAUAAGGAUGGUAGGCAUGGGAAAGCGUGGGGAAUUGUUCACAAAGAUGGCUUGAGAGCUGCGGAAGCUCCGAAGAAGAUAAGCGGAGUUCACAAACGAUGCUGGAAGUACAUCCCAAACCUCUCAAAGACCGCCGCAACUGCAACAAACUCUGCAACCCCUGAAGUCCAAGCCGCAUGAUCUUCUGUUGUUCACUCUCGUUGUUGUGUGGGUACUUCUCGAUAUAUCUGUUUCCUUUCCUUUGGAAGACCUCAGUUACCAGUUGUAGGUUUUGGUUUGUAUCCCCAAGGCUUUUUGUUUGUCAUUUGAGAACCGAUCAAUCAAGAAAUAUCUGUUUUCAGUAUAUUCUUUAGUUCCAUGUCAAAGUCUAGGUAUCAAAUAAGUAAUCCGACAUAAUUGAGAGAGAAAGUUCUAUGUCUAGUAAGCUUCGCCGGACCACAGCUAAAGCAGAAAAUCUGUAUUUAUCUUGACCCAACCCUUCUAUGGUCGACUCCAAUGCUUGCUUGUCUCACCACAUGCUUCAGUCUUUUUCCGGGUCCUUCUUCUUCGUCUUCUUGCGCUGUCAACAUUUUAUUUGUGUCCAUCAAAGGCUUUCGCUGAAUCUUGUGUUGGAAAAGGUCGAACCAAAUUCUACAUUUCCAAUAUUUGAAACCCUCCAUGUCGCUAGGAGCAGGAGGACUUUUGAAAAAAAGAUACAGUAUGAUUUGUUGUCUCCUCUCUAACACAACAUCUACCGAAAGUAAAGAUCAAAGCUGGUUACUGGUGUCCGGAAAUAGAUAUUCAAAGAAAGUGUAGUAUUUUUGGUAAAAUUGAAUUUAUUUUACAGCUAUUGAGUUCUAUUUGUUGAUCUUGGAAUAAUUUUUAGCUUAUAGUUUUAAAUUGUACUAGGUAUUUAUCCGCGCUAUGCUGCGAGAUAUUUUUCUAAAUUUUGUAUAUACUUUUAAUAUAAUAAAAUUAUUUUUAUAA